AAUAAAAUCAGGGACAUAUAUAGAGGGAUUCGUAACUCCCUCUUUCUACUAGUAACGACGUAGCGAGAGUUACAUCGAGUUAACUCCCCUGUUUUUGAAGCGCCACCUACACAUAUCUGCAUGGCUUCCACACCGCUUCGCUGAACCAGAAAAUUGACAUGUAAACAAACCAUUUGAACAAAGAUGCGCUGUUCCAGAAAAAAGUCACUUGGUCGCCGUCCCCGACGCAGAAGGAAAGACAGGUGUGAAAACACAUGUACCACAGACGUAUUUGGAGCAAGUGAAAUGGAGGAUGAAUGUCACCAGGACCUUGCACCACAGUGCAGUAUAUUGGAAAAUGACCAGUGCAGUGAUACCACCGGCACAGAUGAUAACACUAUCAUGGGUCCUUUGUCAUUUUAUGACAGCUUAAGGUCUGAUCUUUCAAGUGCUGUGACUUUCCCUUAUCAAGUGAACUCUUAUUCAGAGUACAUUCAAAUAGUGGAACUAUAUCCUUCCGCAGACAAAGUCAGCCAACCAACAGUGAAGUUGACGGUUACAAUUGACACUGAUUUAAGUGCUAAACUUUUUGUACAUAGAAUCGAAAUAUGUAAAGAUGAUGACUUUUGGAUUGGUCUACCAACAUUGUUUGAUACACCAUUGAAGAUAAGUGCUAUUUUAGAGAAACUUAAGAGCUAUACUGUUUGUUUUGGGAGUCCAGAUGAGUGCUUUCAGAGUAUGGUUGAAGUUGGAACUCUAAUUGACAACAACACCGGAGAUACAAGUUCUUCAGCAUAUAGAGAAGGUGACUUCAGCGCUGUUAAAGGAGAUACAAGAUAUUCUUCAACAAUUCGAAGUACUAUGUGCAAGUUGUUAGUGCAAGAUGUCAACCAUGUUCAAAAGUGA